GCGCGCAAAAAUUGGACUUACCACACAUCGCAUCCUUCUCUCUCUGCAUUUCUCUCUUUUUCUCUACUCUGCCCAAGUGCCUCUCUACCUUCCAAAAACAUCUCAAACUUUGCUCCAAACUUAGAAAAAAACAAAAAGUUGGACGAGAAUUUUUUUAUUAUCCCCCAUAAUUCACCUUGUCUCUAGCGCGCUCCAUCAGAGGUGUGAGGACGCACUUUGCUCCUCAUUUGGACUGAAAAGGCGCCAAAGGAGAAGCCGGAGCACGUGACACGUCUUGCCGGAGCGCCCGUUGAUUUAUUGUUCUUUUUUUGGUUUUUUUUUGUCAUUUAUUUAUUUGUCUACCUGCUGUUUCCAUUCUUUUGGAUUCGAACCAAUAUGAAAUUGCUGCUCGAUUCGUCGUCGUCUCUGCUCUUCUCGCUGCUAUUGGCCCAGCUGCCCGUCUUCACGUCCGCCUCCCCGGUGCCUCAGCGGCGGCCCAGUGAGAUGGACAAGCUGUCCAACCAGACCAAAAAUCUCAUGAAGCUCACGCAAGAACUGCUGAGAGAGCAUGCCUUCGACUCUGACGUGGAGCCCCACAGGUUCAGGUCCCUGCCAGAAAUGAGCAACAGAUCGGCCAAUGAUCUCAACAACCUUGAGCUGAAGCCCACACUCUCUCAGCUGCACGCUGACCUGAAGCUGUAUGAGCACCACUUUGAGUGGCUCAACAGGGUGUCCAAGAAGCACCACCACCCGGCGCUGCCCAAGCUGGUGGAGGUGAUCAAAGAGAUGAAGUCGCUCAUCAAUCUUCUGCACCGUCAGAUGCAGAAGGUGGACGCGCCGAAGCUGACCCCCGCCACCCCCUCCCUUCCACCGCACCUCCCUUACCAGUUUGACGUGCUCCAGUCCAGCCAGGAGCUCCUCCACCACUUCAAACUUUUCUGCGAUUGGGCAUACAGAGCUUUCAUAAGCCUCAAGCCAAAGAUCUCAAAAACACAGCUCAAUGAGAAUUCAUCCAAGUGAGAACGGGGGAACGGGUUAUUGUCGGUGUGCAAUGUUGUCAACAGCAUCCCAAAAGGCCGCGAUACCAACUAACGAACGGCAUGUGCGGAGAAUCCGAUUUCUUUCCACCAGAGCCAAACGGGAUGCGCUAUAAUGCCACGACAAUAACAAUCCCCCAGCGUAACUAUGGUGAUCAUUAUUUCCUGCUUUUUCCUAGUUUAUGACCAUGUUAUUUAUGUAUUUAUUUAUUUAUUGACUGUUAGUCAUUUAUUUAAUGUUAUUUAUUUGAAGUUGUUGCGCGUCACCUGGCAUCUUCAUUUCUUUAUUGACGUGCAUUUAUUUGACCACAUACUUUGUGUCUCACUGAUCUCCGUAGCACUUCCUGAACGUCUGAUAAUUGUUUCUCUUUCUAAUUAUUUGGUAUUUGUGCAUUUAUUCAUUUGACUUUAUUCCAGUAAAUGUGGCAUAAAUCUGUGAUUGUCACAUUUUUGUCCACACAGUAGUGCCCUUAAAAUAAUAGUUUAAAAAAUCCUAUGUGCCAGUUCCGUCACGUCAAAGCCAGAUUGGAGGUCGAAGACAAGUGAAUGCUUUUUAGUGCCAGAGUCAAAGUAUCUAUUUUUGUAACGCCUGUUUCUCACACUUUGCAUGAGGAAACAUCUCUAAUGUGGUAAGGUUGUUUGAGUGGGCCCUGUUGUUAAGCACUGAUGGACCUGAUUAGAUUCUUUGCACAAACUUGUCGGAUUAGCUUCUUGGAUGACUGAGGGGGCUAAUUUUGAAACAAUGUUUUGGGAUUUAAAAGAUUUUUUUUUCAAGUUAAACUCUAAAAGUCUUAAAAUACUAUGUAUUGUGACACUCUUAAAGGUGUACAUAAUUGUACAUGAAUGUAAAUUGUUGUACAGUGCUAUCUGUGUUAUGAUGUUUUCUACAAUAUAAUUUAGAUUACCAAUUUUCUCACUAUCAUUUUUCGUUCCUUCCUUUUAUAGUAUUUGUUACAGUAUUGGCUAUUUAUUUAAGUAAUUUGGUGGAAUUAUUUAUUUUUGUGCUGCAAAGGAGCAAGUCUCCUCUCCUUUUUUUUUUUUAUACUUUUAUACAGUUUGUAUUCUAGUACACUUAAAUUACGAUAUGUUAAAUUAUUGUAACAUCGAGAUGCCUCUUCCAGACACUGAUUGGCCUCAAUGUGAAAUAUGUGCCUUGGUGAAAUAAAAACUACAGAAUGUGCAAAUGG